AUGACAAUAGGUGAUUUUGAUAUGAUAUUAAAGACGGAAAGCUCACCAUCGAUGAACAUUAUUAGAAAUCCAACUCCACAAAAACCACACACAAUAAAGAUUUAUACGUUUUUAAGAAGAUUAGACUUUGAAUAUGUAAAACCUGAUUUAUUUACCUCAAUUGAUAUUCACAAAAGUCAACAAGAUAAAGAAUUUAUAUUAUUUUCAUCAAUAAUUGAACGUCAUGAAGGAGAUAGUAAUAAAGAAGUUGGUGGUAUAUAUACUUGUAGAUGUAGUAUAGAGAUUAAUAUUGAAAAAUUUACAGUUCAUUUGAAUAAGAUUAAUGAUUCGAAAGAAGAAAUAUCAUUAGUAUCUGUAAAAGUUACUAUUUAUACACCCGAAGUAAUGAUAACAGAUAAACGAAAAAUAAUAGGAGGAGGUAUAGAUAUUAAGAUUCCAGUACUUGUCCCAACUGUAAAAGCAACAAUUACUGCCAUUCAAACUUCAUCUUGUGGGUUGAUUGCUAUAGGUUAUAAAAAGAAAACAGAAAUCUUAAAUGCCUAUUUUAAUAAAUUAUUUAUAUUUUUCGAAAGAUCAAGAGAAGAUAAGAAAAUAACAAUAGAAGAACUAGAAAAAUUCAAUGAAAUUCUAGAUGAAUUUGAGAUAGAAAUAUCAGCAAUAAAAAUAUAUUUGUAUGGAACAGAUUGUAUAGAUCAAAUGUUGAAAUAUUUAGGUCAAUAUGAUAGAAAGAGAAUAACAUUAAUUUCUCAUAACGAUGAAGAUUUACAGAAAAAAUGGAAAAGACAGAAAGAAAUAACAAGCAAUAAGAAUGAUUUACAACAUAUUAAUUUCACAUGUUCCUAUCAACAUGAAAAAUCUAGUUUGGCGGAAUGGGGAAAAUCAUCUAAUAUACCAGUGAAUUUGAGAAAGAUCGAGGAUGUAGACAUUGUAAAAUAUACCGAAGAUAAUUGGGAAUCUUUAAGACACGAAUGGGAACCAUAUGCAAAAAGAGAUAGCCUAUGUCUUGGAUCUUGUUUGAUAAAAUAUAACCAAGUCACGAAAGAAGUUGUAAAAUAUGUCCAAAAUCUAACGGCUCCAGCUUUAUCUUUUAAGGGUUGGUAUUAUUUAUAUCAUUACGAUAAAGAAAUGAUUGAAGAAGAAUGGUAUGAAACUACUAGAAUGGUUCCGAAACAUACUGAAAAGAAAAUAUAG